ACAGCAUCCGGCGGACUGGGAUCCGGAGAGAACGUUUCAGGUUAAACACUAGUGGGUCAUUUAGGGGAGCUGUCGGGUGCUUCAGGAACGCAGGGGACGUGUCAGAAAAUAUAACUGAGUCAAAAAUCAUGCUGCUUCGUAAAGUGAGCCAGUCAUCCGCACUGUGCGGCACCAUCUUCAGGGCUCCUCCCGUGCUGUCUGGAGGUCAGCGCCAUGCAGGGGCUGCGGUUGUUGUACAGAACGCCCGUCUCUACGCAAGCCAAGCUGCAGAGGCGGUGCUGGAGAAGCCAGCAGCAGUCGGCAGUGACGCAGCCACUAAAGUGGAAAAGAAGACAGUUGCUGCUGAAUCCAAAUCAUUUGCUGUCAACAUUUUCAAGGGGCAGAUCCAGACUGCACAAGUGUUUCCUUACCCCUCAGCCCUGAAUGACGAGCAGGAGCAGUUUCUUCGAGAGCUGGUCGGGCCUGUCAGCAAAUUCUUUGAGGAGGUGAACGAUCCUGCCAAGAAUGAUGCCUUGGAGAAGGUAGAAGAUAACACCAUGCAGGGCUUGAAGGAGAUGGGUGCCUUUGGCCUGCAAGUGCCAGCUGACCUGUGUGGCCUCGGCCUCUCAAACACACAGUAUGCCCGGCUCGUUGAGAUCGUUGGCAGUCAUGACCUCGGUGUGGGCAUCACCCUGGGUGCCCACCAGUCCAUUGGCUUCAAGGGCAUUCUGCUUUUUGGGAAUCCAGCCCAAAAGGAGAAGUACCUGCCUAAGCUUGCCACAGGUGAGCAUGUUGCCGCCUUCUGCCUGACUGAACCAGCCAGCGGCUCUGAUGCCGCCUCCAUCAAGACCACAGCUGUUCAGUCCCCCUGCGGACAGUACUUCACUCUCAACGGAAGCAAGAUCUGGAUCAGCAAUGGAGGUCUGGCUGAGAUCUUCACAGUGUUCGCGAAGACCCCCAUGAAGGAUCCCAAGACUGGGGAGAUGAAGGACAAGAUCUCUGCCUUUGUUGUGGAGAGGAGCUUUGGAGGAGUGACACAUGGCCCUCCAGAGAAGAAAAUGGGCAUCAAGGCGUCCAACACCGCUGAGGUCUAUUUCGAUAAUGUUCGCGUGCCAGCUGACUGCCUGCUGGGAGAGCUGGGCGGAGGUUUCAAGGUGGCCAUGAACAUCUUGAAUAAUGGACGCUUCGGCAUGGCGGCCGCCCUCUCUGGAACCAUGAAGGGAGUCAUCAGCAAAGCUGUGGAUCAUGCAGCCAACAGAACCCAGUUUGGGAGCAAGAUCCACACCUACGGAGCCAUCCAGGAGAAGAUGGCUCGCAUGGCCAUGCUGCAUUAUGUCUCUGAGUCGAUGGCCUAUAUGAUCAGCGGCAACAUGGACAGUGGAGCGACCGAAUUUCAAAUUGAGGCUGCCAUCAGCAAGAUCUUUGCCUCUGAAGCAGCAUGGAUGGUGACUGAUGAGUGCAUUCAGGUUAUGGGCGGCAUGGGUUUCAUGAAGGACUCUGGAGUGGAGAGAGUGAUGAGGGAUCUGAGAAUUUUCCGCAUCUUCGAGGGAACCAACGACAUCCUGAGGCUCUUCGUCGCCCUCAAUGGCUUCCAGAAUGCCGGCAACGAGUUGAAGAGCUUGCAGAAGGCCCUGAAGAACCCCAUCGGAAACGCCGGGCUGCUCGCAGGAGAAAUCACCAAGAGAGCCAAAAGGAAGGCGGGUUUGAGCACAGGCCUGACUCUGCAGGGAACUGUACAUCCUGAGCUGGCACGCAGCGGUGAACUGACAGUUAAAGCCAUCGAACAGUUCGGAGCGGUUGUUGAGGAGCUGCUGAUCAAACAUGGCAAGAAGAUCAUUGAUGAACAGUUUGUCCUGAAGAGAGUCGCAGACGGUGCCAUUGACCUCUAUGCCAUGGUGGUUGUCCUGUCCAGGGCCUCCCGCUCUCUCAGUCAGGGUGCCGCCUCAGCUCAGCAUGAAAAGAUGUUGUGUGAGACCUGGUGCAUGGAGGCCCAUGACAGGGUCAUGCGAGACAUCACAGCUCUGCGCUCCAGCGACUCCAGGCAGCUCUUCAAGAACAUGCGGGCCAUCUCUACAGCCGUGGUGGAGAAUGGCGGGGUGGUGUCUUCUCACCCACUGGGUUUCUGAACGCACCACGCUUCCCUGUAUCUCCAUAUCCGUUUGUUUUUUGUGUUUUUUUUCCACUCUGCUGCAUCUCUAACCAGGUUCUAGGUCAUGUGUACUAAGUCCUCCCAGACAUCAGCUCAGACGACUGAAUCAGUGUCGUCGAGCUUUUAUGUCCCGCGUUGCAUCUUACAACCUGUGGCUGAGUGAGUCACAGUUUUUACACAGAAAUCACAAUUUGAAAGUUAUUGUUCCGUCAGAGAGCGUUAUCUCAGUCGUAAGGCUGUCUUCCUGAUCCUGUUUUUCAGUCACUUAUUUAUUUAAUUCUAACCCAGGACAACCAGAAUUUGGGCCGGAGUCUGAAUUUUAGCCAGAGUUUUAAUCUAUAUGAAACAAAACGCUAAAAAUUGUUCAAUAUGACUGAAAAAUCACAAUAUUCCGACAAAUCAUUCCAUCCCUACCACCACCUACAUCUGAAACAGCUGAUGACUGUCUCGAAUGUGUGCACGGAGCUUUUAUUUAUCUCAGCCUUCAUGACCGUAGCUGAUUGAAUGAUCUCGUCAUUUAAUCUUUUGAAACAUUAACUUAUAGUGUUAUUUUUGAAAAAUGAAUGCGACUUCAAUGCAACUUUGAGAUAGGAGGCCAGUUAACGGAGGAAGCCAAGGAUUCAUCUGUUUUUGAGCGAUUUAUACGCAGAGGUGUUUUAAAUGGCAGUUUUAUUCCUCCGGGUUGUACAUGUAUCUACGCUGUCUAUCUAAUGCCUUUCUGCAUGUUUGUUCAGCUCACUCGGUGCUCAUCACGGAAACAUUAAUGUCAGGAGCGAAACCUUUGCCUUAGAAACCGGUCCACAGAUGCUGAUGGAAGCUCCUGUUGAGUCAAAACAGAGCUUUCUAAUGGUUUUUGAAAAGAAAAUGUACUGCUCACCUUUACUCUACUAAUGGCUGCCACAUUAACCUCCAAAGGGCAACUGUUUGUUUUCUCAGCUUAAGGUAGCAGGCAUCAUUAACUGUAAUGGUAGAAAGUUAACCACCGGUCUGUAUACCUGCUUUGAAGAGAUUUUUAAGAAACAAUUUAUUGUACAAUAAAAAUACCUGAUGUGCUGAA